AAAAAAAAAGAAAAAAAAAUUGAAAAUCCAAAGGUUAAAAAAAAACGCUAUAAAUUUGCGCGGUAUGACAGCAACGAACGAAAGGCAGCGAAAGCUGUCCUCCUCACUCCACUGUAGGCAUAAAAUACAGCCACAGGAUGGAAGAAGAACUUGCCGGGCUACAGCUAGCCAAACCGUAGGAUAUCUAUCUACUAUACAUACAAAUCUCUGCGUGUUGGAGGCGCCAUUAGAUUGAUUGCUACAUUUUUAUUCAUUUUGCCUGCACAGGUGAUAGCGUAGCGUAGCGGCAAAAAUGGGGUCUCCUCUCCAUGCAUAUUGCGCAGUAUUGUAGGCUCGCUACAGAGGAAUCGUUUCAGAAAAAAUAGGAGGAUGCAAUAAAGCAGUAACUGCAUAACGGGAGAGAGGGUCACUCAUUCCAAAGUGAACGCCCACUUGGCAGUUUUUUUUUUUUUUAAAGGGGCUGGGUUAAAUGAGUUGCCUCCCCCCGCACGCAUGCGGAAGGGGGUAUUAUAUAGUAUAUAGUAGGUCCUUUCGCCAAAGGUGGCGAACGCGCGGCCAGGGCGGCAAAAAAAACGUAUGCACGAGUGUUAGCAAAUAUACAUAUAUAUGUAUAUGUAUAUUUAUAUGCAUAUUUAUAUGUUGUGCUCGCUCCUUUCCCGAGCCACACCCCUUUAUGGAAGCCGCGCCAUCGUCGUUCGUAAAGAGUUUCAAGGGGAAAGGCUCUCAUCCCAAAUCGGGUUUCGUUGCGUUUGUGAGGCGGCUACGAGGCGGCUUCUGCGACGGCUUCUGCGACGGCUUCUGCGAGGCGGCUCCCCUAACCUACACAUUCGCUCUUCGUGAAGCGCUCUACACGCUAUCAUCAAACUGUUGCGACGCGUUAACACCUUCACGUUCUUCGUUUGUCGUGGAUACGACUCACACCCCAUGGGCGCUUAACUCCAAAGCUGCGAACUCCCCUAGUUGGGGAGAGUGUCCCAAUCGGAGUUUAAUCCCCUUGAGGAGGGACCCCCCCUCGGGUUUAUCAAUUACCAUUCAAAUGUGAGAUUCUUUUGUUUUAAAAAAAAAAAAAAAGCUAGCUACACUCAAAUGACACAGUUGGGACGCACGAAAAAAGGAAGGCCAGAAAAUGUAACGCGCGUGCCGGCUGGGGUGUGCCCCAACCCGCGACGCACAUUACUGAAGCGG